CAGAAUCAGCGCCGGCUCGAGUUACCGCAUCCUCGCUGCCUCCCGGGGCGUCUCUGGCCCCGUCGAGGCUCCGCCCGCGUCUCUGGCCGUGGUGGCGGCUGCGGCGGGGCGGCGCAGCUCACGCCCAGCAUCUCUUCUCUCCGCUCGCCUUGCUACACUUGCCAACGCUCAUUGCCCACUCGUUACCCCUCCUCCCUGCCCGCCUCCUGCCCGGGACUUCGGGAGACUUUCCAGCAGCUUUUAGGACCUUUUUUUGCAACCCGAGGGACGGGACACCCCAGAGCUGCAACCGCGUCCGCUGGAUCCAGCUUCGAUUCGUGUUUUCCCUCUCGCUUCCUCCGGUUUCCCCCUUCUCGGACCUUCUGCGAAAGUCCCGGGGGUGCUCCGGGAAUAAACCGACGCCGCGUCGCGAGGAGGAGACGUCGGGAAAGAGCGGCGGGAGCCGCCGGGGCGGUGGCCGAGCUCCAGCAGGCUCCAGGGACCCGGUGGGGAGAAGCGGACUCGAGGACGCUGUGAGGUCUCCCCGGAGAAGGUCCCCGACCCCCGGGUGCACGUCCAGGGGGAGGAGGAGAGGGCAGAGACGGCGUCGCGGGCCCCGCCGCCCCCAGCGGGUGCAGCCGGGAGCAUGGAGCGCGCUCGCCUCGGAACCCCCGCGGGUCCCGCGGCGUUUAUGCAGCGUAGCCGCCCCUGGGGGCCACCGUGGCUGCCGGCCGGGCCGCUGAUGCUGGCCGCGCUGUGCCUGCUCUGCGCGCCGGCCGCCCGCGCCGCCGCCUGCGAGCCGGUGCGCAUCCCGCUGUGCAGGUCCCUGCCCUGGAACAUGACCAAGAUGCCCAACCACCUGCACCACAGCACGCAGGCCAACGCCAUCCUGGCCAUGGAGCAGUUCGAGGGCCUGCUGGGCACCCACUGCAGCCCCGACCUGCUCUUCUUCCUCUGCGCCAUGUACGCGCCCAUCUGCACCAUCGACUUCCAGCACGAGCCCAUCAAGCCCUGCAAGUCGGUGUGCGAGCGCGCGCGGCAGGGCUGCGAGCCCGUCCUCGUCAAGUACCGCCACGCGUGGCCCGAGAGCCUGGCGUGCGAGGAGCUGCCGGUGUACGACCGCGGCGUGUGCAUCUCUCCCGAAGCCAUUGUCACCGCCGACGGAGCGGAUUUUCCUAUGGAUUCUAGUAAUGGGAACUGCAGAGGAGCAAGUGGUGAACGCUGCAAGUGUAAACCCAUCAGAGCUACACAGAAGACCUAUUUCCGAAACAAUUACAACUAUGUCAUUCGUGCUAAAGUUAAAGAGGUAAAGAGCAAGUGCCAUGAUGUGACUGCAGUAGUGGAGGUGAAAGAGGUACUAAAGGCUUCUUUGGUCAACAUUCCAAGGGACACUGUAAACCUUUACACCAGCUCUGGCUGCCUGUGCCCACCACUUAAUGUUAAUGAGGAAUAUGUCAUCAUGGGCUAUGAAGAUGAGGAACGUUCCAGAUUACUGUUGGUGGAAGGUUCUAUUGCUGAGAAAUGGAAGGAUCGCCUAGGUAAAAAAGUUAAGCGUUGGGAUAUGAAGCUCCGUCAUCUUGGACUGAGUAAAAGUGAUUCCAGCCACAGUGAUUCCACUCAGAGUCAGAAGUCUGCAAGAAACUCUCACCCCAGGCAAGCACGCAACUAAAUCCUGAACUGCAGAGAGAACAUCUGUGGGAUUUCUAUUAAGACUUGUAUUGCUCGACUAGCAAAGGAAAAUUGCACGAUUGCACGUCAUAUUCUACUUUUUUUUUAAACCACAAAGAACCAUGUGGUAACUGAUAUAACGUCUAUUUUCUUUCAUUUUCUGCUUUUCCUCCCCCUCUCCACACUCCACUUUUUUGUGGUCUCGGUGCAGAACCUUAGGUAUAUCUAUUUCAUGUAUCAUGGGAAAUUAUUCUUUUCAACAAUAAUAAAUUAAAUACAUUGGUAUCUAGGCCUCUGUGAUGGAGAAUAAAUGUGAAGUUACAGUUCUGCACCCAGAUUGGAAUGCAAUUUUGGAGCAGAGAGAUUUCUGGCAUACAAAGAAAGCUUGAUACACUGUAAAAUAUACUCUGCUGAUCUAAUUACAGCCUAAUUUUCACAUGCCUUUUGGGCAUUCUCACGCUUGCAAACCCUAAAUGUUUAUAAAGGUAAAAUGGCAGUUUGAAAUCAAAUGCCACACAGGCAAAGCAAUCAAGCAUUAGGAAGCAUUUAGGAAGAAACUAUACACAAGAUGAGUUAUUUGCAAGAUUGGCAGGAAGCAAAAUAAGUAGGAGCUGGAGAAAGAAAAUUUUGCCUGAUUGAGAAGAACAACUAAAAGCAGUAGCUGUUGGAGCAUAAACAGUAGCAUUUUUCUUUUGGCACUGCAUUUGAUUUGUUUAUGAAUAUGCUAAUCAGCAGUAGAGGAUCACAUUAUAACUAGACAUCUGCUGUUAUCAGCAUAGCUCGUAGAAUUUGCUUCCUUUUAAAGAAACUCAUGGGUGUUAUAAGAAAUAGGGCUGGAGAGAUAGUACAGCAGGUAGGGUACUUGCUUUGCAUGUGGUCCACCUGGGUCCAAUCCCUGGCAUCCCAUACAGUCUCCCAAGUCCACUAGGAGUGAUCACCAAACACAGAGCCAGGAAUCAGUCCUGAGCACUGGGUGUGGCCCCAAACAAAACAAUCUAACUUGCUACGUUGAUCAGGGGGGAAAGUACAUAUGCAUUUGCAUCAGAAUUUUUAAGAAAAAAUCAUGCAGCUCUAUAAGGUGCUUUAGUGCACUGACCUGCACUUUAGCAUUUGAAUUUGUGCUGUUUAAUGCUCAACAAAAUGCCUAGUAAAGGAAUUAUGGCUGUCAGGAGAGAUGUUAUUCUGAUGCUUGAACCAAAUGCAUAUUCUCAUUAUCCAAGCUGCAGGAGGAUCUCCAGAGACCAGGAGGACAAACAAUUCUUUCACUUCCUUCCUCCAGCAGUGUUCUUUAGAGCCUGUGCUAAUCAUCUGCAAGUCUUAUUUCCUUCCAUUUUCAUGUUUGAUAUUAGUGGAACCAAAUUUCCAAGCUAUGAAAUGCUGAAAAUAAAAUCCUGAUGAAGCAAA